GAAGGCAAGCAUUAUCAAACAUUGCUUGGUGAAGGUAAUCUUCUGUUUCAUCAUUUAGCCGCCACCAUGGAAAAAAGGCAGAAACUUUAGAUUGCCAAGUUAUCAUUGAGGGGCGUGAUUGAUACUUUGACUGACAUGUAAAUGCUGUUGUAUGAGUUGCAUCCUCCUGAUAUCGUUAAGGUUAUACGUUUCUGUUUUAACCCAAAAAAAAAAAGAAAACUUUAGGUUGCCAAGUUAUUAGGAGAAGUUUCAGUCACAUGGGUUUGGCUGGAGAGUGAAUCAAAGUUAAGGAUCUGGUAGUAUAACAAAUGGGUAUAUAUGAUCACGGGGACUUUCUGUAUGAGGAGAGCUGCAAUUAGCCACCAAACCUGCAUUGUGCUUGUUCACGGGUACGGAGUGAGUGAAUCAAAGUAGAGGUCACAUGGUGGUGGGCCAUUUACCAGCAUUGUUCACCAUUGCACUUUCUCUGUCAUUAUAUAAUUUAGCGGGAAUCUACCAAUGAAAGAAGAUAGGAAGGUGCUAAGUUUUCAUAUUUUGUGGGCCUGCGUCUGUCGGUUUAUUUUCCUCAAGACUUUGCCGUCCUCUUCCUUCUGUUUGUCAUUUUAUGUAAUCUAUAGACCAGGAGUAGCUUGUGGAGCCAUCUUGACCACUCCGUCCUUCAUGUGGGAGAGCUUCUGAGUUUGAUAACGGAGAGAUUGAUUUAGAAAAUUUCGUAUGGAGUAGGUUUUCAUGUUUCUUCUUUUACAAGUAGUUGUAUAUUAUGCCACGCACACCCAUAAUCUGGUCAGAUACAGCUGGCUUUCGAAGAUGAUGUCAAAGACCAUUAAUGUUUCUGUUUGAUAUCUCUUGUAACAAGACAUACAUACCAUUUUAUAUACAAGAUUUACAAAUUGCUGAAUUCCCACUUCUGCAACUCCACAAAAUGAAAAGGUUUUCCUCCCAUAUUCAUCCCCUCUUCUUCUUCAUCUUCGUGGUGCUGCUGCUAAUCGACCAUUCUUCUGCAAAACCAACAGAACUGGUGGAUAAAGUCUGCAACCGAACAUCUGACUACGCCUUCUGUGUAAAUUCUCUAUACUCAGAUCCUCGUACCUCAAAUGCUGAUAGCUAUACACUUGCUUACAUCUCAUUCGGCCUGGCCUACCUUAAUGCCACAGCCAGCCAUGAUAAUAUACUAAACCUCCUCAACAAGCCGUCUGGUGCAAGUCACGAGCGGCUCAAGAUAUGUGAGCAGGAUUAUGGCAAGGCGACCUUGGCCCUUGAACAGUCCUUCAAUGACCUUAACUCUGAGACAUUCUUUACGCUUCCUGAAUUAGCAAAUCACGGUGCUCGCGCAGCGAGUGAUUGUCAAGCUGCUUUUGCUGGAAGUUCUUGCAAUCCAUUGAGUGAAAUGAAUAUGAAUUUGAAGGGUCUUUGUGGAAUCUGUGUUGUGGUGUCUGAGCUGUUCACUGGAUGAUCUUCUUGAAUCAAUUUGGAAAUUUACAUCUCAGCAUCGCUGUAAUAUAGAUAUAUAUAUAUAUGUAACAUGUAUACAUAUGUAGUCUUGUAGUUUUUGUAUAUAAUAAUUAUAAA